UGUGCGCCCGUGGACAGUAUUGUCCCGACCACGUCGUCACACUGCCGUUACUUACGAACCACAGAAAGUGCACGCCGUCGCUGACAGUGCACGCGACUUUGCAAUUCUAACUGUACACUGCACUUAUACACGAACAAUUGAUUGUAAAUAAAUGUAUCAGGUUUCUAAACUUUAAUUUAACUAUCAACAAAACUUUGGCCAAGUAAGACAUAACUUUAGUACUUUUAUUAAAAGUUUUGAUAAGUGUCAACUAGAGUUUAAAAACGGUGAAGUUGGUGAUGUGAUAUGGCUAAUCGACAAUUGAACGGUUGCGGAAACGCUUGGUGCGCGCGGCUUAUCGUGGUUGGAUGCGCGUGGGCAUGCGCGCUGUUUGUAGCCGCAUCUGCUGAUGCUCAUGCGGAUGUCGAUACUUCAACGGGUCUUGGUGAUAACACUCUCACGAAUUCAGUCGUGGAGGAGCCCGAAUUCACCGACGUCAUUCAGAAUGUAACAGUACCCGCGGGUCGCAGUGUUCGACUUGCAUGCUCAGUCAAGAACCUCGGCUCUUACAAGGUGGCGUGGAUGCACUUCGAACAAUCUGCUAUUCUUACUGUUCAUAAUCAUGUGAUUACACGGAAUCCUCGAGUGAGCGUGACCCAUGACAAACACCGUACAUGGUUUCUCCAUAUAUCUGACGUACGAGAGGAAGACCGUGGGCGAUACAUGUGCCAGAUCAACACUGUCACUGCAAAAACACAAUUCGGCUAUUUGCAUGUAGUUGUGCCACCGACGAUCGAUGACUCUUUGAGCUCCAGCGACGUUAUCGUCCGAGAAGGCGCCAACGUCACCCUGACGUGUCGCGCUAAUGGCUCCCCUAAGCCCACCAUCAAGUGGAAACGGGACGACAAUUCAAAAAUAUCCAUCAGUAAAGGACAUACCGUUUCCGAAUGGGAGGGAGAAGUUUUGGAGAUGGCGCGCAUUUCCAGAUUAGAUAUGGGUGCUUACCUAUGUAUAGCCAGUAAUGGAGUCCCACCAACAGUGUCGAAACGAGUCAAAGUUAGCGUUGAUUUUCCCCCAAUGUUAUGGAUUCCUCAUCAGUUAGUCGGCGCUCCCCUCUUCUAUAACGUAACUCUGGAAUGCUUCACAGAAGCUCACCCUACUUCUUUAAAUUAUUGGACACGAGAUGAUGGACAUAUGAUCCAUGAAAGUGCAAAAUAUCACAUGGAAAAUACUGUCGGUGUACCAGCUUAUAAAACACAUAUGAGACUGCUUAUUAGACAUAUUACCACUGAAGAUUAUGGAACUUACAAAUGUGUUGCUAAGAAUCCAAGAGGAGAAUCCGAUGGAACGAUACGUUUAUACACGUCGUCGCCACCGACUACAACUCCAGAUCCUAGAGCUAUGACAGUACCGCCACCGUCAAGACCGCCACGCAGAGAUACGCCGCUAACAGAUAAAGGAACAAAAUAUCUAUCCAAUCUAAAUGAGAUUGAUAAAGAGAAGCAGAAAACAGACGAGGGUGGUGGGAAGACACACCUCAACUGGGUGGGUGGUGCUUCCCAAGUUACAGGCGGUGCAGAUUGGAGGAGAAGCCAUCUAUGGAUUUUAGUAAUAUCGAUUGCACCAUUUUAUUUUUAAAAUAUCAAAUUAUAUUUAUCCAAAUCCACACAGUCCAUUUUAUACACAAUUAUUCAAUGUAUUACGAAUGUUUAGCUUAUAUCAAUAGCGCUAAGGUUAGAAAAAAAUCAUCUACUCAAAAGCACCAGCUACAGCAACCUAUCUGAAAUUGUUCCCGAUAUUAUUAUGAUUCGUUUUUAGUCUAUAUAAUUAUUUAUAAAUAUUUAAUCGUAUUCAAUUAAUAACUAGU